GCAACUUGACGACGCCUCCCACCAUGUCCGUGCUACGACAGUUCGCAGCCACCGUCAUAGUGGACGUGUCGUGCUGCAUGCUGUUCGGGGUGGUGGCCGGGUGGACGUCGUCGGCGCUGCCGCUGCUGCAGUCGGACGCCUCCCCGCUGGGGGUGCCGCUGACGGUGGAGGAGGGCUCGUGGGUGGGCGCCGUCAGCACGCUGACGGGCACCGUGGGCACGCCGCUGUUCGGGCUCUGCGUGGCGCGCUACGGCUGCAAGCCGUCCGCCUUCCUCGCCGCCGCCCUCAUGCUCGUCAGCUGGGUGCUCAUCCUGGUGGGCCAGCACGUGGCCGUGCUGAUCGUGUCUCGGGCGCUGGCGGGCGUGAGCGGCGCGGGCGGCUUCGUCGUGUGCGGCGCCUACGUGCGUGACAUCUCCGAGGACGCAGUCCGCGGGUCGCUCUGCUCGUUCCUCGUCAUCGCCUACAUAAUCGGCCUCCUCUGCAGCUACGCGCUGCCUCUGGCGCUGUCCUACACGAUGACGGCGGUGGUCUCGCUGGUGCUGUCCGCCGCCUCCCUCGCGGGCCUCUUCUGGUUGCCGGACACGCCCUGGUACUACUUCAGCAAGGGCCGCCCCGACGAAGCCAAAGCCUCUCUGCGCUGGUUCAGGGUCGGCAAGACGGAGGAGGAACUGGAGACGGAGUUCGCAAUGAGGCAGGCGGCGGUCGAAAAGAAGCGGCUGGAAGACGCCGAGCGGCACGUGUCGCUGCGCGACCUGUUCGCCACCAAGGCCAACCGGCGCGCCUUCGCCAUCGGGAUGGUGGUGUGCGCCAACCAGCAGCUGAGCGGCAUCAUCGCGGUGACGUCGUACGCCGAGGGCAUCUUCUCGGCGGCGGGCAGCGCCAUCGACCCCGCGCUCAGCGCCGUCGUCGUGGGCGCCUCCCUGCUGGGCGGCGUCGCCGUCUCGACGCUGCUGACGGACCGCGCGGGCCGCCGCGCGCUGCUGUUGCUUAGCAACGCGGGCAUCGCCGUCUCGACGGCGGCGCUGGGCGCCCACUUCUACGUGACGCGCGCCGGCGGCUGGUCGCCCGGCUGGCUGCCUAUCGCCUCCCUGUGCGUGUUCGUCGUGACCGUCUCGCUGGGCGUCUACCCGGUGCCCUACGUCGUGCUCGCCGAGAUAUUCUCGCCGCGCAUCCGCGAACUGGCCACCUCGCUCGGGCUGACGCUGCUGUGGGGCGUGUGCUUCCUGGUCGCCAAGCUGUACCCGUCCGUGGCCGCUGCCUGGGGCGACCACGUCUGCUAUUGGUUCUUCUGCGCGAGCUGCGUCGCCUGCGGGCUCUUCAUCGCGCUGGUGAUGCCCGAAACCAAGGGCCGCUCGCUCGAGGACAUCCAGAACGACCUCGCGGCCGGCAGGCUGUGCGGCAGGAGGGCCAAGACCGAGGAGGCGAUCUUCAGCUCGUCCAGAUGGCUCACGCUCAGCGGCCAGAAUCUCAGCGUCAACAAUCAGAAGAAAGAGAUCGUCUGGUGACCGUCUCCAUCCGUAAGGGGCGUGCCAUGACCUCGCGCCAUUGGAUCCGAAUCUUGAUCCGUCCAUGUGAUUCGGAAAGGCUCUACUAUUUGUUAUGUUGUACCUUUCACUUCGAAGACGGGGUCGAUGCAGCUCUCCAAGCUAGUCUAUCGUGUGGAAAUCUUUCAGUGUCCGCACGAGUACCGCAAUCUGCGCCCAAUUGCAGAGGUUCAGUUGGUUCAAAUGGAUCUGAGCACUAUGGGAUCUAACAUCUGAGGUCAUCAGUCCCCUAGAACUUAGAACUACUUAAACCUAACUAACCUAAGGACAUCACGCACAUCCAUGCCCGAGACAGGAUUCUAACCUGCGACUGUAGUGCCCAAUUGCCGAGGUUUACUGUAUUGUUUCCCACUACAAUGUUCACCCUCAAAGUAUACCUCCACAGCCAAAUUAACUAUUCAUUGAUGCCUCAUGAUGCGCCCGUUAGUCCAUCAUUGUUGAACUGUUAUUUGGAAAAGUACUACUGUUUAUGAUGGUGCAGUGUCCAGUUCGACAUUACGUCAAUCCUGCUCUCCACACUAAUUUAUCUCCAGCUAACCAGCUAACACUUACAACCUUCUUUACGUUCGCAAAUGUUUUACUAUAUUCAAACUCCAGUCUCCUUUCCACUGCCACUCUAUGUUGUACCAUAAACUCACUACUCUCUCAUUCGAUAAAGAGCUUAAUUUAUUACCCAUUCUACCCAUCCCAACCUCUUCUCCAACGUCACAGUAUCUUCCUGGGUGUUCUGUUUAUCGUCCAUGUUUCAGUUACACGUUGUCCGCCCCUGGUAGCUGAAUGGUAUGCCGGCACGGCAGCUCAGCGUGUUCGGUCAGAGGGUUUAGCUACCCUCUGUAAUAAAAAAAAACUGAGUGAAUGGAUCAAAGAACAACCUGAACGAGUGCCAUCGGACAUCCGCCACGAACAAAUUCAACGAACAAUAUAGAACAAAAUGAGAUUAAAAAAAAAAAAAGUGGUCAGCGCGACAUACUG